AUGGAAUCUGCGUCCUGCGAUGCUGCCGAGGUAGGCAGCAGUGCCACCGUCGUAGACAGCGAAACGGAUCGAAUAUUGCGUAAUUAUGGCUGCGAUUUAAUCCAGAAGGCUGGGAUUUUGCUUCAGUUGAACGGUGUAACUAUCGCCACUGGACAAACGAUUCUACACAAGUUUUAUUUCAAGCGUACGCUUCGCGAAUUCGACAUUCGUGCGGGAUCGGCUAGUGCGUGUUUUUUGGCGGCGAAGCUGGAGGAGAACAUGCGCAAGGCGAAGGACGUGGCUCGUGUGUUCGACUACCUGAUUAACAACGAAGAUGAACGGCGCUGUCCAACAAUCCACUUGGACGAGAUUUUAUCGGAUGAAAUACUACGCAUAGAACGAGAAAUCCUUGUGGAAUUCGGUUUUCGCAUGGGAGGACUGCUAGUGUGCCCUCAUCGAUACAUAUUGCAAUACGUCUUUGCACUUUUCCGCAACGUGGGGGAAUAUUCGGCUAACGGAGUGAACGACGUUGCUCAGCGCGCCUGGGGUUAUUUGAAUGACAGCAUGCGGACGACCUUGUGUUGUACUACAACUCCAAGUGUAAUAGCGGUUGGCUGCAUUUAUAUGGCUGCGACGUCACUAGGGAUCCCUCUUCAUAAGGUGGAUGGAUGGUUCGUUGUUUUUGACGUAAAGUGGUCGGACAUUGUGAUGGUGUGUGAGGAGCUUGAGCGCCUGUAUUCUAUGGGCCGACCGCGUUAUGUGAAUCUCAGUGGAGUGAGCUGUGGACCCAUUGGGGAGCACACAGGCUCCGACAGCGGAGUGAUGGAUAAACAUGAUUCACCCCAAAAAGCAGCUGGGACACGUUGCGGCGAAUGCGUCAAUACGUACAACUCAUCAUCCGUUUCUCGUGUUGGAAAAUCCGACGCGGAAAACCCUGUAAAUGAAACUAGUGACGCGGCUCGUGCCAGCCGAGGGGAUAACAGAGAAAACGAACGCUGGUACGACCGAUAUCGUCACAGCGGAAAGAACGAUAGGUACAGCCGUGGGUACCGCCGUUACGAGAGUGAUGAUGCAAGACGCAACUACUCUCGCGGUCGAUCCCACAGAGAGCGGCAUUAUGACUCAUAUGACCGGAGCGACUAUCGGCGGCGUCGCUACCGUUAG